UCCAUCUCGAUGUACUCUGGGUUGGUUGUCGUCUCCUUCCACUUGCGGCUGCUUCAACUACUUACGCAAGUCAUCGUUCCCUUCUCUGGACGGAAGCACCGAGCCGAGGCGCCUGCGUGCAGGUCUUCGUCUCCCAGCAUUCAGAAAUGGGUCAUCAAGAACAUGAAGAGCUGGAGCGUAUCUUGAUUGAGAAGGAUGCAAAUGCAAUCCCCCUAUCAUACACAUUUUUAGAAUAUAUUACAAAUAAUUUCUCUAAUGAUAGAGAGAUCGGUCGUGGUGGGUUUGGAAUUGUCUACAAGGGAGUUCUUCGAAAUGGGAAUGUAGCUGUGAAGAAACUUUUGAGAACAGAUGACACUUCUGAUAAACAGUUCGAGGAUGAACUUUUUUGCUUGAUAAGGGUUAAACACAAAAAUAUAGUGAGGUUUUUAGGAUAUUGCUCUAAUAUAUCAAGAGAAGUGGUACAUCACAAUGGGAGAGAUAUUUUAGCAGAUGUCCAACAGAGGUUCCUGUGCUUUGAGUACAUACCUAAUAAAAACCUACAACAGUAUCUCGAAGAUAAAUCAACUUGUGGACGUGAAUGGGAGACACGUUAUCACUUGAUCGAAGGAAUUUGUCAUGGUUUGCAAUAUCUUCACAAAGAACGCAUCAAUCAUUUGGAUCUUAAACCGGCAAACAUUUUGCUAGACUAUGGGAUGGUUCCAAAAAUAACAGAUUUUGGCUUGUCUAGACGCUUUGGAGAACAAUCAAGAAUCAUUACUAGAAAUAUCUAUGGAACACUGGGAUAUCUUGCACCGGAAUAUUUGAAAAAUGGGGAAAUAUCAUUCAAGUCGGACAUAUAUAGUCUGGGCAUCAUAAUCGGAAAAAUAUUAAGGGGAAAUGAUGAUUACCCUGAUUUUGAAAACUGGCAUAAAUCACAAGUUAUAGAGAAUCCACAAGAGAAGAGAUGCAUCAAAAUAGCCCAACUCUGUGUGGACGCCGACGAACAUAAAAGACCUACUGUAGAUGAAAUCAUUGGCAUGCUGAAUAAUGAGAGCCACAGGUCAAGAAGUAACUCAGUGACUUCACUAGAAAAGACGGAAGGCCGGCAUACAAAGCCACCACACGUGGCACCAAAGGAGCGUUCGUCCGCUGAACCCAUAUCAGAGGCAAGGAUAGGAACAGAGUGGGAUCAAGAGUCAACAAGUGCAUCAAGUCAGUCCCAGCCAGUACGUGCAAACAAGGAAGCACAAUACACUACCACUCAGAAAUCCUUUUCCCCAAGAGAUGAAAGUGGGUCGUCGUCCCACCGAUCAUUUGAACCGAAACAAACGGAGAGGGUGGGAGCAAAGGAGACGGCGGAGAACUGCUUUGGUGAAGUAGUGGACGAUUACAAGCUGAAUGAACUGGUGAGGUACGCGGGCAAGCCCAAGACGCAGGAAGACCGAGCACGGCAGGCCUGGCGUCUUAUGAACGAGGAUGACAAGAGGAGCAAGGCGCUCAGGUAUGUGGACGUCCUAAAAAAAGUGUACGGCAACGGGCAGUCCACGUUGUGCUUAGUCUACAACGCGACCGGCGACACGCUCCACCACGUCGCCAACCACGACUGGUACGGCUACAUCAACGACAGCAAACUCGGGUACCCUGCCGAGAUAGGCAACGGCCAGUGGGGAGCCUUCCAUCACAUCCACAGGCAGGGCGAACCGUCAGGAUCAAUGGGAGCCGUCGUGUACCGCGGCAAGAAGAAAGAUGGCCAAGACCAGGACUACCUGCUCGGAUGGAGUACCCCAUGGGGUAUCUGGUACCGCAACAAGGCUUACGGUGAGAUUGGUGGCGUCAACUACUUCCAACGACGGUGGGACGAAAUAUAUGUGAAACUGGAGAACGCCGAUUAUUCUUCGCAUACCAAGUCCGGUGGUUGUGAGAUUGAAGCAACCAUUGACAAAGGCGACAGUCCAAAGUUUACUGUUACAAUAAAAACAGAGCACAGUCCAUGAGCGCAUGUCACCUCUCUCCAGCCCUUUUGCUGCAGCAUCUAUAUGCACGGUCACCCUGCUGUUUCUGUUCUUCUUUGCUUGUCUAGUUGAUCAGUUUAUGUUAGUUGCGCCUGUGCAUGGAUUUGCCGAGCGGCUCAGAUCCAAUUCAGGGGAUCGUAUGAGCUUGGUGUUGAUCAGACAUUGCAUUCAAGUGCCUGCGAACAUGAUGUGAAUAAUGACUUUGAUCUACCAAUUUAAUCUCUCUCUCUCUCUCUCUCU